CAGACUGUCGCUGCUGUCAGUUGCUGAGGGAGGGGAGAGAGAGACACACUUACCGGCUGUACCUGGGUACCAUUGGCGUUACCCCAAGCUCUGUUCUCCUCCCCUCCCAGCCUGUUAGUUGAUAGCGCACGUUAAGCCUCAGGUGUGAUAACUAGAUCCUGCAGUUUGCACAUACUGCUGAUUUCUGACGUCAUGGACUGUGACAUGAUGGAGAAUGACAUUUUGGAGUCGUUGGAGGACCUGGGUUACAAAGGUCCCCUUAUGGACGAUGGAGCCUUGAUCCAGGCCGCCAGCCAAGGUGCACUUUCUCCCGAAUAUACCAAACUCUGCGCUUGGUUGGUAUCAGAGCUCAAACUGUUCUGCAAACUGGAGGAGAAUGUAGAAGCCACCAACAGCCCUAACGAAGCGGAAGGGUUCCAGCUAGAGAUGAGCGGCCUGCUGACAGAAAUGAACUGCCCGUAUUUGUCUCUGACAUCAGGGGAUGUUACUAAACGCCUUCUCGAGAAAAAGAACUGCUUGCUCCUUCUAACAUAUCUCAUUUCGGAACUCGAAGCCGCUAGGAUGCUGUGUGUAAAUCUUCCUGCAAAGAAGGAACAAGAAAGCAGUGGUAGUGAGCUGUUCAACGAACUUAAAGCAAUAUGCAUGGCCCUGGGAAUGUCCAAACCUCCUGCCAAUAUAACCAUGUUCCAAUUCUUUAGUGGAAUUGAGAAAAAAUUGAAAGAAACUUUAUCAAAAGUGCCACCUAACCAUUUAGGGAAGCCUCUUCUGAACAAGACAUUGGGACCUUCUCACUGGGAAAAAAUUGAAGCAAUCAACCAAGCCAUAUCAAACGAGUAUGAAGUGAGAAGAAAAAUGUUAAUCAAGCGUUUGGACGUGACCGUACAAUCAUUUGGUUGGUCAGACAAAGCAAAGAACCACUCCGAGAAACUCGGUAAAGUUUACCAGCCAAAACGUGUUGCAUUGUCCCAGAAAAGCGCUAUCUCUGUUGCCCAUCUUCUUGCUGCCCGGCAUGAUUUGUCUAAGAUUCUGAGGACUAGUAGUGGAUCAAUCAGAGAGAAGACUGCCUGUGCUAUAAACAAGGUAUUGAUGGGUAGAGUACCUGACAGAGGAGGCAGACCUAAUGAAAUUGAACCACCUCCUCCAGAGAUGCCUCCGUGGCAGAAAAGACAAGAUGGCCCCCCACAAGGUGGCGGUAGAGGUGGGGGAAGAGGUGGAUAUGAACAUACACACAGUGGACGUGGAGGCUACGAACAAAGCAGUGGAAGAGGAGGCGGACGUGGAAGUUAUGACCAGGGAGGCAGAGGAGGCAGAGGUAGCAAAGUUCAAGGAGGCUGGACAGAUGGUGGCAGCACUGCAGGAGGUAGCUAUCAAGAUGGUGGCUAUCGAGAUUCUGGAUAUCAAACUGGCUUUUACCACGGUGGAGGAGGAGGUUAUCAAGGUGGUGGUGGAGGUGGAUAUCAAGGGGGCAGUGGAGGCUAUCAAGGUGGAGGAGGCUAUCAAGGUGGAGGAGGAUACCAGGGUGGAGGGUAUGGGGGAUAUCAGGGGUCAUCAUAUUCUGGAGGUGGAUUCCAGGGUAGUGGCUAUCAACAAGACAACAGAUAUCAAGAUGGAAGCCAACACAGUGACAGAGGAAGCAACCGUGGAGGUGGCAGAGGAGGUCGUGGUGGACGUGGUGGAAGAGGAGGACAAGGUGGAGGUUGGGCUAGUCGUGGUGCCCAAACCUAUAACCAGGGUGGUCAGUUUGAGCAACACUUUCAGCAUGGAGGUUAUCAAUAUAAUCAGUCUGGUUUUGGACAAGGAAGACACUACACUAGUUGAGGUUAUUGAAGCUUCAAAACCAGUAGAGCUCAGGUAAUAGCAGUGACAACCUUAUAUGAUAAGUUGCUAUCUCAAGGCACUUUCUUGCAGGCUUUCUUUCUGCACAUGAAGACAAGGCCUGGCACAUGUAUGAACCUUGCAAUUUAAGAUUACAUUUUUACGUGUGCUUUUCUUCCUGAGAAAUGCAAUUUGCAGUGAUAACAUUUAUCCAUUGUGCACACCUUUCAUACAAUUAAGUACAGUUAGGUUGUUUGUCUGAAUUGCUAUCUGAUGUAUUCACUUCAAACCUUUGGGUUUGUAGGAGUGUUGAACAUUUUGUAGUCAUUGCUUUAGCUAUGCUUUAUAAGUGGCCAAUCCCAAUAUGCCCAUAUAAUCCAUGGUUAAU